AUGCCGUCGCGCAACCGGCGGGCGCGGUCCCCUACAAUGGAGGUUGAGGAGGAAGAGCAAUCCGGCUUGUACCGGCUCCGCUUCAAUGAGCCCAUCUCCUGGCGCGCAGGCAGGCCGAUUCUCGUGGCCGAUCUACUCCGGCGAUUGGAGUCGCUCGCAUCGGAGCUGCGGGAACUCGACCAAGAGGAGACGGACCGAGACUCGUUGACGAAAGUGUCGCAGGAACUCGCCAGUGGACAUCUGCUAGGGCAUAGGGACAAAGGCGUUCGGGCGUGGACCGCAUGCUGUGUGGUGGAUAUACUGCGGCUCUGCGCGCCGGAUGCCCCGUUUACCGCGAAUCAAUUGAAAGAUAUUUUUACAACAAUCGUCACCUCGAUAAUACCCGCCCUUGCAAAUCCGUCCAACGCAUAUAACGACCAACAUGUUUAUGUUCUAUCAUCCUUAGCGGAGGUGAAAAGUAUCAUCUUACUGACCGAUCUUGAUGCGCCUGAUACUCUCAUCCUCCCUCUCUUCUCGUCUUGCUUCGAUAUCGUCUCCGGCUCAGCGAAAGCCUCCACCGGCGAACCGUUGGCUAAAAAUGUUGAGUAUGACAUGACCCGGUUACUAGUCCCCAUCAUUGACGAGGCGUCCAGUCUCGCACCAGAGGUUGUGGAUGUCAUUGUUGCUCAGUUUCUCCGCGUCGACCCGCGGCUUCUGGAAGGCUCUGGGAACGCCAAAAAUAAAAAGGAGGCAGCCGUUGACAGCAAGCAGUCAACUCUCUGGAUGAAAGAUUACCCCCCCGCAUAUAAUAUGGCGAAAGCAAUUUGCAGCGCAUGUCCCGACAAAAUGACGAGUUAUGUUAGCCAGUACUUCAAUAAUGUUAUAAUCGAUGCGUCCGAUCCCUCAGCCAAUGGACACUCGAAGCGACAUCGUCAGGUUGACUUUACAGAUUCUGACGAUGAAGGAGAAAAUGUGAAAGAGCUAGACAAGGCUCAUCGUUUGAUUCGGGAACUAUGGCGUGCUUGCCCGGAUGUUUUGCAGAAUGUGAUACCGCAGCUAGAAGCAGAGCUAUCUGCCGAGUCCAUGUCGCUGCGAUUACUUGCGACGCAGACAAUAGGAGACAUAGUUUCUGGUAUUGGGGUGGCUGGUCCCCCUACGCCUGCAUCAAUGGACCCAGCCGCUUAUCCGCCAAUACCGUUUGCUAGAGAUUCUGAAUCUGAUACAUCGACCUCUAACGCGUUAUUAACACCUCUGUCUCCAAAACCCUUCUCCCAAGCUCAUUCCGCUGCUUAUGACAGUUUCCUUUCCCGACGGCAGGACAAGUCAGCAUCGGUACGUGCCGCUUGGGCCACCGCGAUAGGACGAAUUCUCCUUACAUCCGCCGGUGGUUCUGGAUUGAGUGACAACGAGGAGAAAAGCCUAUUAGAAGGGCUCAAGAGAAUGUUGAUAGAUGCUGAUGAGAAAGUUCGAAUUGCAGCCGUGAAAGUCAUUGGAACGUUUAGCUUUUCCGAUGUGAUCAGGAAAUUGGGCAUUGACGGCGGGCUCUCAGAACCAGGCUCCCUCCUUUCCACUUUAGCCGAAAGAGUAAAGGAUCGGAAGCAUGCAGUUCGCCAGCAAGCCAUGCCUAUCUUAGGAACAAUGUGGGCUGUUGCUUCAGGCGAAAUCGAAGCGAACAACGAGCUGGUCGUUCCCAUUCUUAAAGAUGCUCCAUCGAGAAUACUUGACGCCUUCUAUACGAAUACAGACGAAUUACACGUCCUGCUUGACCAUGUCAUAUUCGAAAUUCUUUUGCCUCUGUCCUACCCGCCAAUCAAGGUUAAGCGCUCGAAGUUCGAGUCAAGUCAGGCCCGGAAAUCGAAGUCUUCGGAGGAGGAGCAACCUGAUCCAGACGCUGUGCGUCUGCGCCGUAUCUUAACGCUAGCUAAGAACUUGGAUGAAAAAGCGAAAGCGGUUUUCUUCGCUCUUCAAGGCCGACAAUUGAAAAUGAGGGCGUUUGUGACCUUCUAUCUUGAAGCCUGUGAAGAGUAUAAUGGAGGUGUAAUGGAUAGCGAUGAGGAUGUAAUCAAAGCUAGGCUGACGAAGGUUAUUGAUACUUUAUCCAAGACCUUCCCGGACUCCUCGCUCGUAUCCGCUGAUCUUUGGAAAUUCGCUAAAAUGCAUGAUCGCCGAAGUUAUCAACUGGUACGGUUCGCCAUGGCUGCUGCAUCCGAUUAUCGCACUGUUACCAAAGCCAUUCGGGAGUUGACAAGUCGUAUCCAAUCCAACACGUCGGCCACUUCAUCCAUGCUUGGGAAUCUACUUCCGCUAGUUUAUCGAAGCAGCUCUUUAAUUUUCAACAGAAGCCAUGUACCAGCCAUAAUGAAACUGUCGAGAAAUGACGAAUUAGGACUAGGAAAUGUUGCCCAUGAGAUGCUAAGAGAGAUUUCUUCACAUAACCCCGAGGUCCUUGAAGCGCAUGUUCAAGAGAUGUGCAGAGACUUGGAGGCCCAAGCCCCUACGUCCAACUGCCCCGAUAACCCAGGGGUGGAGGAGAUUCUGAAAGCUUGUGCUGGUUUCGCAAAGAAACUUCCUAAUAAGCUUCCAAAAGAACGAAAUUUCUUAGUUGCACUCUCGAAUUAUGCAUUAUACAGCUCCUCUCCACCUGCAGCAAAGAAUGCUGUCACUAUUCUGCUGGCUGCCUCUGAUCGGAAGCAGAUGUAUGCUAAAGAUCUGAUCAAGAAGAGUGUCAAGGGAUGUUCGUAUGGGUCUGAACAUUUUCUUACCAAACUCGCUACUAUCUCACAAUUAAACCUUCUCUCACCGCAGGAGGUUGAUGAAGAAGGAGAUUUGAUUCUUGAUAUCGCAACAAAACAGGUUCUACUCACCAAUCGAAACCCCGAACCCGAUUCAGAUUAUUCGUGGUCGGACACCACGGAUGAGGAGACAUCGGCGAAAGAAUGGGCUCUUAAGAUACUUGUGAAUCGUGUCCGGUCGAAAGAAAUACCCGAAGACGAUGAUGGCGAAUUCCAAGCGUAUGCAUCGCCACUUUAUACCAUUCUCAAUGCCCUUAUCACAAAUCGGGGUGAGCUCUCUAAAGCUGCAGAUACGCCUGCAAUACAAAAGACAAGGCUUCGUCUCCUCGCUGCAAAAUCCGUUCUCAAGCUGUGCGCAUCUCGAGUUCUAUGCGAUCGGAUGUUCACACCGGCACAUUUCAACUCGAUUGCCCUAGUUGCGAUGGAUCAUGUGUUCGAGGUUAGGUCUGGAUUCAUAUCUCAACUAAAGAAAAGAUUGAUCCAAACACCACAGCUGCCCCCACGCUGGUAUACUAUCACAUUUCUAUUGGCAUUUGAGCCGGUUCCCAAUCUAAAGGAUAGCACCUUAACGUGGCUUCGGUCUCGAACUGCAUUCCACUCGCGACAAUCUCAGGGUAAAUCGUCAGAGCAGCAGACAUUGAUGGAAUCCAUAUUCGCACGUCUCCUCUCUCUUCUUGCCCAUCAUCCUGACUUUCCGCCCGAAUCCUCGGAGGAAUCGACCAAGGUCGAUGAUUUGAUUGAGUUUACCAACUAUAUCCUAUUCUACCUGACCGCAGUCGCGAGCGAGAAGAAUCUUUCCCUAAUUUUCCACAUUGCCCAGAGGGUGAAGCAGUCCCGGGACGCGAUAUCCACCUCAGAUUCAGAUGUAUUCUCCACCCGACUCCAUACCCUCUCAGACCUCUCUCAGGCUACAAUUCGCUGCUUCGCAGAAAUUUACUCACAACAGCACAAGAUUGGUGGUAGCAGCGGAAGCGGCGCCGCAAAUAUUUUACAAACGUAUCCUGGCAAGAUGAGAUUGCCGAGUUCGCUCUUCGCGACACUGAGCAGCCACCAAGAGGCGAAAGACAUUGCCACAAAAAAUUUCCUUCCACAAGAAGUCGAGGACAGGUUAGAAAAAGUGGUUCGAAACUAUAUAAAGCCAAAAACGAAUUCUGCAGGAAGAGAACGGAAAACGGAGUCAGGCCAUAGUGACAAGGGUCGCGAUGAGGGAACAGGCUCUGCAAAGAAGCCUCGCAAAGACAAGAAUGGUCGUACCAUUCCAAUACGGAGACGAUCAUCCGCUGGCACGGUCGUAACGAAAGAAACGAAGAAAGGCAGAAAACUUCGCUGUCGUCUGCUGCUCGGCGCCGGAGUGGUCGCGGGUCAGCGAAGACGGGUGUCAAUUAUGCGGAAAGAGGAUAGCGACGAGGCGGAUAAAGAGAUGGAGCAAUGGGAAGGAACUGGUGCUCGAACGGCGAACAAGAAGCAUCAUGAGUCUGUCGACUCGGAAGGCGAAGAGGUGUCUGAGCUUUCGUCCGCCCCAGACAGCCUGCAUUCUGAUAGCGCGGAUGGCGGAAACAACGAAGAUACGGAGAUGAGCGAUGUUGAAAAGUCCUCUACGCCCGCUCAGGCCAAAAGAGGUUCCAAGUCCAAAGAAUCCAUGUCCCCGGUUGCUGUGUCGAAGACUGGGCGCGGACGACAGCCAAAGUCAAGGCCGGAGGAAGACGAUGAAAAGCCCACAAAGGCGGCUCGCAGGUCAACUCGACGAGGGCGCUGA